GCCGGCGUCUUCCGUCCGGAAGUUCCGUGCGAGGUUUUGCUGUGCCUCCAACCCCCAGGAAAGUGAAGAGGGCUGGCUGGGCGUUAAAGCGAGGCCGGUGCGGGCCAAAGGAAGGAGCCACCCAAGGGCAGCAGCACCAUGUCCCAAAACCACAAGGACCUACUAGGUCUGGGUCGCCUUGAAUACCUACAGGCCCUAAUCACUGAAUUCCAGGUGACGGAGAGCUCUGAAGCCAAGGAGCAGGUGUUGGCCAAUCUAGCUAAUUUUGCUUAUGAUCCUAAGAACUAUGAAUAUCUCCGGCAGCUCAAAGUAUUGGACCUGUUCCUAGAUAUGCUCAGCGAGGACAAUGAAACCCUUGUGGAAUUUGCACUUGGUGGCCUUUGUAACCUCUGCCUGGACAAAAUCAACAAAGACUAUAUCUUGGAGGCAGAUGGUGUGGCAGCUGUUGUCGGUUCCCUCUCCAGCUCCAAUGAAGAGACUGUGAUGUCCGCAGUCACUACUUUAAUGUACUUGACCGCCCCUCGGUCUCGCCAACAGAUCACGGCUCUUCCCGUGGUGGAAUGCAUGCUGCGUUUCUCCCUCUCGGCCAACCGGAGGCUACGAAACCUGGCAACCAUCUUCCUUGAAGAUUACUGCACCCCUCAUCAGGUAGAGGCGGCCAAGGCCCUGACCCAGCACACCGCCCUAGGGAUCCCCCUGCCAAAGGACUGAUUCGGCACGGAGGGCAGCCGGAAAGCUUUUCAUGGAAGCAGCAGCACUUGUGUUGGAAAAAGCCAGCUCUCGGGUGAGGAAAAUCGUCCCCGGAAUCUCACUUUAAAAAGAGACACUCUUCAGGAACUGUUAAGCACCAUGAGGCACGCAUCCGAUGCUGUCAUUUUGAGGGGCUCCUGAAAUAUUUUGGCACCUAGUCACAUUACACCGGGCUUUGGUGGGAGGCUGGAUUGCGCCGAGGUGUCCUGCUACCUAGCUCUCCUGGGUAAGCCAGCCUUCUAUCUGCUGGGUGGGCUUCUCACUGGCAGAAGACAGCAGGAAGUCCCAAAACAGGGCAUUGCAAGGGCAAGGAGGGGCUAAGUUGAGCCAGCCCAGGAUCCGCUGGAUCCUGAGCUGGUCUUGGUACCAAGAUGCAGUGCAUUCAGGGUGAAUCUGGGCCCAGUUCCUACACCGACCUGGAGAUGGUGCAGCGAUCUGGCCCAGUUCAAGCCUGACUGUUCUCCCCCACCGCCACUGCCUUGCAGCCAGUGAGCUGCAAUGCUACUGGUGCAGUAGGGGCUCUACUGCUUGGCCAAACCCUGCCAGCAGGGUUGGGAGGUUAGAUUGCCCCUUAAGCUUGUAUUUCAUGCUACUGGAAUGAAAGUCAGUCAUUCUAUUGGAAUGAACAUGGAAUUCCUUGCCAGUAGAAGUUCAGCAGGAAUCAGGAGAUGUGCCACGAUUAUGCUUAGUUGUCUUGUUACAUUUUGUAGUAUAUAUCUAAAAAAUUCCCAAUGCAUUUUUACUUUCUUCCUCUUUUUUAUUUUUUAUACUUCCUUUAUUUUUUAAGGAAGCUUGACAGAGUUCCAUUACUGCUUUCUUUCAAUUGCCUCUGCAAACUCUGCAUUGUUCAGAGUGUGAAAUUUUUUAACCAACCAGAUUUGAUUGAUGGAUGGCUUUACUGUUGUGGUGGUAUUUUGUACUGCCUUGUUAUAUUUUCUGUGAAAGUGUGGUUUAUAAAUAUUUGAAUAAAGAACAAAUAGAUAAAAUAUUGUUAUCUGGAGAUUUAAAUCAUGCUACAGGACCCAAAUAGCUAUUAUAGUGGAUAUACCUUGGAGCAGGAGAAUACAGGUGGGAAUCCUGUUGCCCUCCAAAUAUAGUUGGACUCCAAUUCCCAUCAGCCAGUGCAGUCAGGAAUGAUGGGCAUUGGAACAUUUGGAAGGUCAUGGGUUGCACAUCCCUGCUUUAGCUGGGCUUUGUUUUUUUCUUUUUUAAACAGCAGAAUGAACAGAAGACAGGUGAUCAAUGGUUAGAGUGUGGUGCUCAUAAUGCCAAGUUUGCAGGUUUGAUCCCCGUAUGGGACAGCUGAAUAUUUCUUGCAUUGCAGGGAGCUGAACCAGAUCAGAGCUUUCCAAACUGUGUGCCAAGACCCGUUAGUGUGUCGGCUGCAGUGUGUAGGUGUGUCACGCGAAUGCUCCUCCCGGGACUGGAAAGAGUUUAGUUUAACCUCUGGUUUGCUAAUAGAACUAAAGUACCGUGUCACGAAAUGAUGCACGUCUAAAAUGUGUCUCGGCAACAUGAAAAGUUUGGAAAGCUCUGGACUAGAUGAUUCUCAGGGUCCCUUCCAACUCUGCAAUUUCAUGAUUCUGUUAUUGUACCCUAAAAUCUUAGUGCUUUGAGGUCCCCCGUGUUCCUUUUCUGGCCCUGCGUAUACCAGCUACUGAU